UAGCAAGAUGAAGGUGAUAACAUGUGAGAUUGCGUGGCACAACAAAGAGCCUGUCUACAGUCUGGACUUCCAGCACAACUCUGAGGGCUGCAUACACAGGCUGGCCACAGCAGGAGUGGACACCACUGUCAGGGUGAGUAGCUACUAACGUUAUCUGUUUAAAACAACACCGCCAUUGUCGUUUAAUCAUUCCUUCUCUGGGGUUGUUUCAAGGGUCCAAUCUGGAAUUGAGACCAGUCUCUAUAUCUCUCUAUUGCUCUCUAUCGUUCAUUCUCUCACAUACAUACACGCACACACUGUGAACACUUUGUAUGCAUUAGCAGAGUGCCUCACACACACACAGAGAGAGCUUAGUAAGGGAACUAUUUAAUAAUGCAUUGUAUGGUGAUAUGCUAUUAAGAGAGACAAUGACCUAACGAGUGUAGUGGGUCUGUGUGAUGCUGUAAUGUGUGAUGUCACUUCCUGUGGUCAGUUGUGGCGUGUGGAGAUGGGGCCUGAUGGGAAGGCUGUGGUGGACUUCCUGUCCAACCUGGCACGGCACACCAAGGCUGUCAAUGUGGUGCGCUUCUGCCCCAACAGCGAGCUGCUCGCAUCUGGAGGAGAUGGUGGGUCUCGACGUAGUAAACGUAUAUAUCAACACAGCGGGACUGUAAUAUAUAAAGAUGUGAUUAGAUACAGUAUAUUGCCACCCUUGCAUGAUUCACUAUUUCUUCUAAAAUAUGUUGAAAAAACAUAUGUUUAUACGUGUAUUUCUUUGAUUUACAACUGCACAGGACCAAGAGAAGAAAAAUAUCUAAGCUGAAAUUAUUCAAAAUCAGAAUGAAUUUGGUUAGAGGUAAUUAUUCUCAUUUACUGUGUAAUUAAUCAAAUCUGUGAUACAUUGCAGGUGCCUACAGGGUAAGAAUUGCCAUUCAAACGGUUUAAAAAAGAUAAAACAGAACAUUCUUCUCCAUUGUAAAGUGCAAGGGUGCCAAUCAAUGCUCUAUAGCCUAUACAGUAUACACUAGAUUACUGAUCAGGGCGCUGUGUUGAAGCCACGAUGCCUCCAUCUUGGUACUCUCCCACCAUUGUAAAAAAUAGUUUGGAAGCUAUAGAAAUGCUUUGUUAAUGUCUGCAUUUGUCUUUGCCGCAUUCAUUCUAUUACAGACACCUUAAUUCAUACUUUUAAAUUAUAUUAUGUGAGCUAAACAUAAAAAAGAUAUAAAAACAAUUUCCUUAAAAUAUCAUUUUUAGACAUGACUAAUGUUACUGUCCCCACUACACCUAAAGAAUAAUUAAAUACAUGUAAUUUUGUCCUUGCAACAUCCUACUGAGGAGUGCCAAUAUGGCCAACCGGUGGCUUCAAAGCAGCUCAAUGGCCAAUACAUAACAUCAGCAAUCCAGGGUUUAUAUACAGUGGGGAGAACAAGUAUUUGAUGCACUGCCGAUUUUUGCAGGUUUUCCUACUUACAAAGCAUGUAGAUGUCUGUAAUUUUUAUCAGAGGUACACUUCAACUGUGAGAGACGGAAUCUAAAACAAAAAUCCAUAAAAUCACAUUAUGAUUUUUAAGUAAUUAAUUUGCAUUUUAUUGCAUGACAUAAGUAUUUGAUCACCUACCAACCAGUAAGAAUUCCGGCUCUCACAGACCUGUUAGUUUUUCUUUAAGAAGCCCUCCUGUUCUCCACUUAUUACCUGUAUUAACUGCACCUGUUUGAACUUGUUACCUGUAUAAAAGACACCUGUCCACACACUCAAUCAAACAGACUCCAACCUCCACAAUGGCCAAGACCAGAGAGCUGUGUAAGGACAUCAGGGAUACAAUUGUAGACCUGCACAAGGCUGGGAUGGGCUACAGGACAAUAGGCAAGCAGCUUGGUGAGAAGGCAACAACUGUUGGCGCAAUUAUUAGAAAAUGGAAGAAGUUCAAGAUGACGGUCAAUCAUGUCCAGGCCCGUCUGAAGUUUGCCAAUGACCAUCUGGAUGAUCCAGAGGAGGAAUGGGAGAAGGUCAUGUGGUCUGAUGAGACAAAAAUAUAGCUUUUUGGUCUAAACUCCACUCGCCGUGUUUGGAGGAAGAAGAAGGAUGAGUACAACCCCAAGAACACCAUCCCAACCGUGAAGCAUGGAGGUGGAAACAUCAUUCUUUGGGGAUGCUUUUCUGCAAAGGGGACAGGACGACUGCACCGUAUUGAGGGGAGGAUGGAUGGGAACUUGUAUCGCGAGAUCUUGGCCAAGAACCUCCUUCCCUCAGUAAGAGCAUUGAAGAUGGGUCGUGACUGGGUCUUCCAGCAUGACAACGACCCGAAACACACAGCCAGGGCAACUAAGGAGUGGCUCCGUAAGAAGCAUCUCAAGGUCCUGGAGUGGCCUAGCCAGUCUCCAGACCUGAACCCAAUAGAAAAUCUUUGGAGGCAGCUGAAAGUCCGUAUUGCCCAGCGACAGCCCCGAAACCUGAAGGAUCUGGAGAAGGUCUGUAUGGAGGAGUGGGCCAAAAUCCCUGCUGCAGUGUGUGCAAACCUGGUCAAGGCCUACAGGAAACGUAUGAUCUCUAUAAUUGCAAACAAAGGUUUCUGUACCAAAUAUUAAGUUCUGCUUUUCUGAUGUAUCAAAUACUUAUCUCAUGCAAUAAAAUGCAAAUUAAUUACUUAAUCAUACAAUGUGAUUUUAUGGAUUUUUGUUUUAGAAUCCGUCUCUCACAGUUGAAGUGUACCUAUGAUAAAAAAUUACAGACCUCUACAUGCUUUGUAAGUAGGAAAACCUGCAAAAUCGGCAGUGUAUCAAAUACUUGUUCUCCCCACUGUACAUCAUUGGUGCCACGUGCCAGUAUAUUUGACUGCAUCUGUAUGACAGAAAAUGGUUUGCCAUAAAGAUAUAACAUAUAUAGCAAAUAUAACUAUAGCAUAGUUGACAAAUAAAAUGGAACAAGGGUGAUCAGCAUCUCCAAUUGUAAUCAAUUGAUGCCAACACUGAACAAUAAUACGCUAUUUAUAUUUACAUUUUAGUCAUUUAGCAGACACUUAUCCAGAGCAACUUACAGUAAUGAGUGCAUGUCUUUUUUGUACUUUACUAUGUUCAAGUCAUAGCUAGGCAGAAUCUCAAACCGAACACUUGGCCCCUAAACACUUUAUAUAUUGGCCACUUGCUGAUGUGUUCGAUAGUGAUCACUCGAGUCUGCAAGUGUCUUGGCCAAAAUGAGCAUUGAGACGAUGCACACUCGAUGUCCCAACUGCCACUUAUCAAUAUUCUAAAUCCAUUCGCGAGCAUGUCUCCCGCGCCCUGUCUUGUGGCAUGGCUCACUUUGAAACUCGUGCAGACGCAUACACCGAUAGACAGUGAGAAAACGACAUGUCUCUACUCCUGCACAAAAUAUGUGCGAGUAUUUCCAUCGUCAGUGACUUCAUCUGCUAAUUUAGCUUGUUGUAGACUGCUUUGAUAACAAAUACUCAGUCCACAGUUUAUGUUGUUCCAUGUGUGUGUGCUAAUGACUGUGUGUUGAUGACUGUGUGUAACAGAUUCAGCCAUCCUGCUGUGGAAGCUGAACGACAGUAAGGAGCCUGAGCAGACCCCGUCGUUCCAGGAGGAGGAGGAUUGUCAGCUCAACAAGGAGAGCUGGAGCGUGGUCAAGACCCUGCGGUGAGACCCUUUAAUCACUCCCCUUAUCUAUAAUACAUUGUUCCCUCCCUGUGUAUUACUUCAUAAUCACAUUCGUGACUGUUUGUGUGUGCAUUGUUUAAAUGGUGUUGUGUUUUGUAGGGGACACAUUGAGGAUGUGUAUGAUAUCAGCUGGACCCGGGAUGGGAACUUCAUGGUCUCUGGUUCUGUGGACAACACUGCCAUUAUGUGGGAUGUAACAAAGGGUAAGACGUGUCUAUUCAGUUACAGUUGCGGCCAAAUACUGUAUAUUGGCACCCUUGCACUUUUCUUAAAUAAUUCCCUAUGUCUUCUAAAGUUAAAAUUGAAGAAAAACAUUUGGUCUCCUCACCUUAUUGGAUUUUCAACAUUGCAGAAUUAAUAGUAUUUUUGUAAACUUUUUUAAAACUUUUAAUUUAGAAAAUAAAGACAUGGCAUGGACAAAAUUAUUGGCACCAAUAAGGUGUGGUGGCCUAAAGUUUAGUAUUUAAGAAAUCUGCAAGGGUUCCAAAAUAUUUGGCCACAACUGUAUACCUCUGUGUUGUCUAUAUUGUGUGUGUGUGUGUGGAUGUUAUUCAGUAAGGGAUAAUCAAUGAGGGGCUAUGCGUUCUAUGAAAAAUAAUGAACAACGUGGAAGGUGUGUUCCACGAUGCGCUAGCGGAGUGUAACUGACAUUCCACAGAGUUGCAUUAUUUUCCAGAGAACGCAUAGAGCCCCGAGUUGAUUAUCCCUUUUAUACCAUGGCUAUAAUUUAACACAUUUGCCACUAGAAAUGUGUUCAACAUCCACUGAAGUGGAGAGCAAGUUUACUAGAUAGCUACAGUAGUUGCUGUGGUAACCAAGCAACCAGACUUGCUAGUUUAGCUAACCAAACCAUCAGUCCUAGAAAGCCAUUAUGAAAAUGCCAAUAAUGUUUUCAAUUCAGCUUUUGCUUUCAAAAGCAGCUCAAACAUAGAACAUGUAAGAAUGAACUAUAGCCAUUUAUUUAUACCGUGCAAAUAUACCGAGCGUUAUAGGGAAAUAAUGCAUGCUCUAGAAUGCCAAUCAGAAAUAAGUAUAACACAGGUAAUAACUGUUGUAUUUCUCAGGUCAGAAGCUGUGCAUCUUUAACGACCAUAAGAGCUAUGUGCAGGGAGUGACCUGGGACCCGCUGGGCCAGUAUGUGGCCACACUCAGCUGUGACAGGUAGGAACACAACACACACAGCCACUGGUCUCCCGUAAGAUGCCAUUUUGUCUCUCCUUUUAUCAGUGAUCAGUGGGACUAACAUGAUACGUAAACAAUGAACCAACAUGGACUCGUAGAUUGAUAAGGUCUGAACCUUCUUAAACAAUGUGAUAUGAUUGAUAAUCUGACUGUCUUCCCUCCCUCAGGGUGAUGCGUGUGUACAGUACUCAGAGCAGGAGGAAGGCCUACAGUGUCAGUAAGAUGAGCUCUGGAUCAGCUGCGGAGGGAGAGGUCAGUAUGAGCUGAGUGGACAAAUGUUCUCCCAUAGAUGGGUUAGCUGACAACGUCAAGAAAACCAUGUGCACGCUUCAAUGGGGCAGAAGUCUGUGUUGUGAUUCUGCAUAGCCAGAUAGCUACCAACAAUGACAAGAAGCUACCAUGUGGGGAAUCGUAAGUGACUUGCUUCAGCCAGUUUCAUCUUGUUCUUGAUACCAUGUCUUGUUUUGAGGUGUUUUGACUGAUUUCAUGCCAAUGCUAAUAUGGCUAAACUUCGGUAGCUAGCUAACCAACAACUGUAACGAUGUAUUUGAGGCAAGUGCUCAUUGUGCCAAUGUAUUUAUGUUUUACAAUAAACAUUGGAGACGAACUAUAGCUUACAUGUUGUCAACACUCUAAGCCAACUCUGUCUGUUUUGCCCCGUAUGUGUCAGUUUUGUUGCUAAACAACCAACCCGUCUACACACACACACACACACUUUACACACACAAUUUACAUUGACACUAAACACAAUCAUACACACACCGAACAUUCAUUAAUGUCUGUGAGCAGGUGAAACAGUACCGAAUGUUCCAUGACGACAGCAUGAGGUCUUUCUUCAGACGCCUCACCUUCACACCGGACGGCUCCUUCCUGCUCGCCCCAGGUAAACACACGCACCCGCACACACAGAAACAAUUAAGCCUUGUUCACAUUGGCAGUUUGAAGUGACUCAAAUACUAUUUUUCUGCAUCCGAUUCGAAUCAGUUUUAUUUCCUGCAGUCUGAACAGCCAAAACAGACAUGGAUUCAGAUAUUUCAAGCCACAUUUUAAACCACCUUCGUAGGUGGUUUGAAGUCAGAUACAAAACUGAUUCUUGGCCAUGCGACUUGUCUGAAUGUUCAAAUCUGAUUUAUUUAAAUUAUUUUGCAUAUCUUGUUGCUUGCUAGCUGCUCUGUUGACAAUUUGACAAGAACAUGUGGUAGCUUGUUAAUUGUUUACAAACAAAUUAGUGAAUGUGCUAGAAAGCUAAACAGCUACCUAGCUAGCUAGUUGACUGCUGUGUCCCUCUCUGUGUCCCGCUCUGUGUCCCUCUCUCCCCCCCCCCCCCCCUUCCUCUGUCUGUUUUCUGUCUCUCUCUGUAGCGGGGUGUGUGGAGGCAGGGGAGAACAUCACCAACACCACCUACGUCUUCUCCAGGAAGAGCCUCAAGAGGUAACUGCUGCCAACCAAUAGCCAUUUGUGGACAAUACAGAUUAAUUGAACUGAAACUGUCCAGGUCUGGAGUUAGCUGCUCUCUCUGGGUCUGUUGCUCUAGGUCUGUAUUUCCCAACUCCAAUCCUCCAGUACCCCCAACAACACACAUUUUGUUGGAUAGCUUGAUGAUUAGUUGACAAGUAGAAUCAGGUGUGCUUGUCCGGGGACUGGAGUUGGGAACCACUGCCCUACUGUAGGUCUUAGAGCUUGGUGAUAUGGGACUAACAUCCAUAUUGCCAUAAAUUGCCUGAAUUGAUGCGAGAACAAUACGUUUAUAACAUUAAUGUGCACCAUUAACAAAAAAAGAAUUAUCCUUAAAACUACUACUACUAGUUUGAUGGUUGUAGCCAUCAAUUGUCCUAUUAACAAUCACCCAUAUUAGCAAACAUUUAAUUUACAACUUCACAUUUCGUAAUGAACGAUAUCAGCCAAAUGCCUACAAUAAGUGAUCAGUGUCGAUCAUUUUCAGUUUAUCGUCCGAGCUCUAAAAGGUCUUGCUCUCUUAGUGUGUAUCUGUGACUGUAUCAGAGUAAGUGUAAAACUGGAUGCAUCCUAGGCCCAUAGCUCACCUGCCCUGCCCUGCUAAAGCCACCCUGGCUGUACGCUGUUGCCCCGUCUACUUUGAGCUGAGGACCAAGAAGGGAGAGGGUAAAGACACACAGCUCUUCUACUGAUUAUUACUCAUUUAUAUAUUUCAUUUAUUCAGCAAACUAUAUUACCCAAGAUAUAAAAGGAUAGCUAACUCCCUUCCUCUCUCUCCCUCCUCCCCACUCCUCUCCCUGCUCCCCAGAUGGCAGUGCCCAGCCCCUGCCCAACACGUUUGGCUUGCCCUACAGACUGUUGUUUGCUGUGGCCUCCGAGGAUUCCAUCUUCCUCUAUGACACUCAGCAGACCCUACCCUUCGGCUACGUCUCCAACCUCCACUACCACACACUCAGCGACCUCACCUGGUAGACACAGACACACACACACACACACACACACACACACACACACUCUCUUCCUUGAGGCAGAUACUGUAUCUUCUAUUUCUGUGUUUUUGAUGAGCUUGAGGUAGAAGAUUCCUUGACCACAGAUUUAGGAUCCGAUGACCCUACUACUCCUUAUCCUAAACUGCACUGAACAAUAUCUGAUCCUGUAUCAGUGUUUAGGGGUAACUUCUAACUACUGUUUAAUUUGUUGUUGUUGUUGUGUGGCAUUGUUCCAGUCUGUGGUGUUUUCACCCAGUCUCUUUAGUGAUGUCAUAUCCUUUUGUAGGUCUCGAGACGGUUCCUUCCUGGCGGUGUCGUCUACAGACGGCUACUGCUCCUUCCUGUCCUUCUCCCCUGGCGAGCUGGGCACCCCCCUCAAGGAGCCCCCCGUCCUGGAGGUCGUCACCCCUGGCAACGGCCCUGAAAAGAAGGGCAAGAAGGCUGCAGCGGCCCGCACGGUGUCCCCUGUCCCCAAAACCACAGAGAGCACCGCCCCUGUUCACCCCAACCCUAAAGAGGCCCCCAGCACCCCCCUAUCCUCCCUCACCUCCCCUGCCACUCCUCUGGCCCCUGGAGGAGAGGAGAAGAAGAACCCUGGCAAAGCCAAGCCCCAGCCCCGUAGGAUCACCCUCAACACCCUGGAGGGGUGGGGCAAGCCCAGCACCCCCAAAGCGCCUGCUGCUAGUGCCCCCAAAACCCCCACCACAGCCAGCAUCAGCACACUCGCCACCCCCCAGCAGCCUAGCCUUACCCCCAACACCCCCCUCAACCCCUCUACCCCCAACACCCCCCUCUCCCCCUCUAUAUCCCAGCCCUGCCUCACCCCAAAGGCCCAAUGCAGCAGCGGUAAAACCCUGGGCCCCAGCACCCCUAAAGGACCCGCCCCCAGGUAAGAGCACAAAUACAAGAUGUCAUGGAUCGUGUCAUUACUUUUUUAUCCACAGACCAUUGUGUGUCUGUGUUUGUGUGUGUCUUUACCUGUCUCUGUUUAUAUGUAUGCCUGUGAGUCAGAGUUGGUGCGUGUAUAAUGUGAGAGUGUGAGUAGCUUUUUGCAUGCUAAAAUGUACCUUGAUCCUGGUUGAAUCCCUCAUUAUGUGAGCCACCGCUACAAUCAAGGGAUGGAUGAAACCCUCCUCGCUGUAAUGGCUGCCCCUGGUCCAUAAUCUCAUAACAAUCCUGAUCUCAGUAAAAAAGAGAAAAAAUCUCACUUUUCCUGCUAGCACUGACUUUGCUGAUAACUACUUUAUUGAAGAAAAAUUUACUUACUUUGAUAUGUGGUUGUCCCACCUAGUUGUCUUAAGAUGACUGCACUAACUGUAAGUCGCUCUGGAAAAGAGCAUCUGCUAAAUUACUCAAAUGUAAAUGUAAUGCUGCUUGAUGCUAUAGCCUAGAUGCUAAAACGAGCUAGCCUGAAUGUAAAGGCAGCACACGGCAUGUAGGCUACGCUCUCUCUCGUUAAUGCAAGACUAUGGUAGGUAAAUAUAUGCCACAUCACUGGAUGGAAAGGAGCAGUUAGAUGGGGAGAGGCUGGUGGGAGAUGGGAGCACCUGCCAGGCAGCAUGCUUAGUGUAGGGAAGGACAUUGAACCAUUUUCCCCCUACUGUUUCCAUUUAUGGAAAUGGUUGUGAAUUAUUUUGUAAACUUAGAUUUUCAGAUGCUGCAGAUGACUUUUCAUUUUGUGUGUGUGUGACAAAAUAAUGAGAGCGCUUGCGGUGUGUUUGGUCAUUAUCUACUGUCUGUCAGAACAAAACCCUGUCUGGUAUUCAGGGUUUGUUGAACCCCCCACAGCUAAUCAAAUGCUGAUUAUCCUGAGAAGCUGCCGGCAGACAAUGGAUGGGCCGUGUGUGACAUCAGUCUAUAUAAACACAGAUUGAAUGAGGAGAGAAGGGGCAGAAGUGAAGUUCGAUUUGUUAUUAUUUGCAGGUUUACUUUUUAUCAAUGAAUCCUAAAUAAGGUGGGAGUGUUUCUUAUGUAGGCCUACACUAAUAGAAUAAUAGCUGUAUGUUGAAUUCUACUGUGGUCUUAGAUGGGACUAAUUCCUCAGCCACCUACUCAAGAGCCGGGUAGAAUCCCCCUCGAAGUCACAGUUCUCUCGCUCUCUUACCUUCUGUUUUCAGACGGAUAUCUCUGACUCCCUUCGUCUCCAGAUCUCCAGCUGCCUUCACCACACCCUCCUCCACAGAGAAAGCCAAACAUGGUCAGUAUAUCCAGCAACAACUAACGCCGGGAUUGGCCAAGCACUUUACAACAAGGCCAGCGAUUGGCUAUGGACAGUAUUAUCAUUACCGGUCUUUGUAAUGGGGUCUGCCUCUGAGAGCCCAACUAAUGAAACAAAAUUAACAUCUGAGUAUACUAAAUUAUGUGAAAUCUUAUUCCUAAGAACUGUUUGUUUUAUCCAGUCCAGUGUUCUGCCUGUGAUUGAUGCAUCUCUUUUGGUUCAACUUAUUCCCCCAGAACGGCCCUCUCCCCCCACUGACCCUGUGUGUCAGCCCCCAGAGUCCAAGCGGCCCAAGACCAGCACCCUGGCAGGCAAGACAGGGGUGGCUCCAGCCUCAGGGUCCACACCCAACCCCUAA